UCAUUGUAUCGGAAAGAGGCUUAAGUAACGUCACGUGCAGACAGGCCGUAUCCCACGCGUGUCUAACGCACCAUUUUUCGAAGCGCCGCGGCCCAAGGAUGGCCAGCAUGGACAGCGCGACGCAGCAGUCGGGUACCGCCGCCGCUAUCCUCUGCCUUGGCGUGCACGCGAUCGUCUUCUGGCUCCUCCGCGUGAUGGCGCUGACCUCGCACAUCCUCGCUGUCGCCUUUGCCGCUGUCAGUCUACCGCUCUGCUUGAAGCUCACGUACGACGUUGUGGCCAUUUGCAUGGACGACGAGCCGCCGUCAUCGGCGCGGGGCGAGCGCCAGCAACUCCUCUUGUCCCGCGCCCACCUUCAGCUGCUUCUCACGGACCGCGACUUCGACUCGAACGAUUACGAGCAGCUGCUGCAGCUCGAUGAGCACAACGUUGCGAAAUCCCAUGGCGCCAGCGAAGGCGACAUUGACCGGCUGCCCGUCGUGACCGUGACGGAGACGAUGCUGCAGGGCCACAAAGAGGCCACGGGCUCGGACGCCAUCCAAUGUUCCAUCUGCCUCGAGGACCUCGCGGUCGGCGCCCUAGCGCGCAUGGUCCCAUGCUUCCAUCGCUUCCACCCCGAGUGCAUUGACCUGUGGCUUUUUGAGAAGGCCGAGUGCCCGAUUUGCAAAUUCCCCGCCAUCGGCUAAGCGUGCGCUCUGUAUUUAAUAAUUGUUGUGAAAAAUGUACAGCUCCCUAUUUCCUCU